CCCUUUAGUCCUUUUGAUCUCUCAGUCACCUUCAACGGUCACUUGGUGACCUUACGCAUACUGUUGCUCGCCUAUCAUGUCAGCUCCCUUGGGCCUGAGGCGCACAUCCAGAAUUCGGCUCGUGGCGGCGGCACGGCACGACCUUCUCCCAACGUUGACCACUUGCUUUCGACGCCGGCAGCAUACCGGACUUGCAGCGCCUUCCUCGUCCACCACCGGGUCCGUGAACGAAGAUGAGAUUGCUCAUUUCUCUCGACUCUCCUCGCGGUGGUGGGACGAGCAUGGAGAAUUCGGAUUAUUACACAAGAUGAAUCCGCAUCGCGUGGACUUCAUCCGGGAAAAGCUGUUGGAAAUCACUCGCGAAGAACGAGGCGAAGAAGCUGCAGAGGAAAUGCAGCGUACAGGUCACGUACUGGAAGGACUGGACGUGCUUGACGUUGGGUGCGGCGGUGGAUUGCUCUCUGAGAGUCUGGCACGAUUAGGCGGCCGAACGGUCGGAAUAGAUGCAUCACCCUCGAAUAUUGCGAUUGCAUCCAUGCACGCGUCCGCCGACCCUGCUCUCUGCUCGUCAAAAACCCGCUCUUUGACUUACCGCCAUACCUCAGCCGAAGCAUUGCUCGAGGACCCUCAACGAUACGAUGUCGUUUGCUCAUUGGAGGUGGUAGAACAUGUUGACAAUCCUGCCUCCUUUCUGCAUUCGUGUGCUCAACUCGUAAAGCCCGGAGGACAUCUGUUCCUCUCAACCAUCGCACGGACGCCUCUAUCCUACUUUCUGACAAUAUUCAUGGCUGAGCAGGCCCUGAGGCUUGUUACGCCCGGGACGCAUACUCAUUCCAAGUACAUCAAUCCCGAAGAGCUGGUCGAAUACUUCCAGAACUAUCCUUCAUCUGAUUUCCCUGGCGAACGAAAGGGCCGACCCUGGAUCUCCCGUCUAUAUGACGGGCACCCGCUACGGACUGAGGCAGAAGUACGCGGUAUCAUAUAUGCACCCUGGAAGGGUGAAUGGAUCUUGAUUCCCCGUAGCGGCAGUCGCGGAUUUAGUGGAUGGGCAACUACACAGUGCAAUUACUUGUUUUGGGUUCGUAAACCGGUACAAUAGAUCCCGUAUAUUUGAUCAUCGUCAAUCUGGGCGCACUCGUCGAACAGCUUACAUAUGUGGUCCUACAGAAGAUCCUGGAGCAGCCCAGACGCAGUCGAGUGGGAUUCGCCUUCCACCGGAGGUUGCAUGGGUUGGAGAAGGACGGUAGGGUUUGACGUUGCAGCGCUAGAUUCCUG